GUCGGUGAUUGUUGUGGUGUUGGGGAGACCACUUGCUGAGGUCGGCCGCUCGUGGGGCGGGCAACAUGCAUACUGAUGUAGUAGUAUCUGUCAUCGCUUGACGGCGAACCACGGUCUUGAACCGCUCAGAGCAAUCAAGGGAGCUGACUAGUACAAUGCAACACCACAAACGCAAAUUGGACGGAAACCUGUGCAAACAUGCUUUGGGGAAUUAAGCCGCGGUUCAAUGCAUUCAGCCAACUCCUUACACACAUCACUGCGGCCGAUGUGAACUUAGCCAUAUAUUUUUCCUGCAGCUUCUUGGUUUCAUUCCAUCAUAAACAGCUGAAUCAUGAACGGUGUGGAGUACGGUGCAGUAGCCAGAGGGGACGUGAUACUUGUAAGUCAUCAGGAAACAGACUGCGACUUUGAAUACCUGUUAAAGGAUCACCUGAAGGAAUUUCCUACUGAUGCUGACUGCAGGUGCACACGUACAAGUGGAGGUGUUACAUUCCAUUUCUUGGUAUCUGAAGGGCUGACAUACACAUGUGCUACAACCACAGAUGUUGGACUACGACUACCAUUUACAUUUCUAGACCUGACGAAACAACGUUUCAAUGUUGGCAGCCUUCGGACUCGAGCGUGGACGGCGAUGGAACACGAACUCAACCGAGACUUUGCUGCCGUCAUGGCAGAUAUUAUGGCAAAGUGCAACGAGGGCAAGAUGGGUGACCACAUUUCCACUCUCAAAGGUCAAGUACAGGAAGUAAAAGUGGUCAUGACGGAGAACAUUGAGAAAAUUGUUGAGCGCGGCGAGAGGCUCGACACCUUGCUCGACAAGACACAAGAACUCGAGUCCUCCGGUCGAAGCACAAACAACCAAUCAUGCAACAGGUGUGUCUUCGCAGGACUAGGAAGGAGCCAUUUUCAAGACGAGCUGUUCAUAUUAUCGCCUCCUCCUUUUAUGUUAACAACCCGCGUUAAUGCGUUGAUUCAUGUUGUUCCUGAAUGAUAAUGUAUUUAUAGAUACGUUUCAUAGUUCUCAUCAAACUUGCGUAUUUACAGAUAUUUAGAUAACCUAAUGUUUCGUACAAAUAAAAUGCGUCUAUAUUUU